AUGUCUGGAGAGCAUGGUGGCAGGGUUGAUCCAAAUGAUGGAGGAGGGGAUGAUCAGACUACAAUCAUGCGGGCCAUGCAGCAACAAUUUGAGCGCAUGAAUGUCGUGUUCAAUGAGAUUCGAGAUCGGUUGGAUAGGCAUGAGGAUCGGCUCAAACAACUUCAGCAAGAGCCAUUACCUAGGCAUCGAAGACCCGACCAGCGGCCACAUUUUGCUCCAAAUGUCCCAGAUGAUGACUAUGAUGAUGGGGCGAGCAAUGAAGUGGUCUCCAAUGCUACUUGGAGGAGGGUUAGGGCUAUUAGACUCGAAAGGCCAAGGCAUGUUCAAAGGCAAAACCAAGAAAGGGAAGCCAUAGAUCGUAACAUGGGCACCAUCAAGCUGUCUAUUCCUCCAUUUCAAGGUAAAAAUGAGCCUGAUGUUUUUAUUGAAUGGGAGAGGAAAGUUGAGCUAGUAUUCGAUUAUCACAAUUACUCGGAGGAGAAGAAAGUGAAGCUUGCUGCGGUGGCUUUUACCGACUAUGCCAUUAUAUGGUGGGAUCAGCUGACCCUGAGUAGACGUCGAAACCGUGAGGUUCCCAUAGAUAAUUGGGAGGAUAUGAAAGCCGUUAUGAGAAGAAGGUUUGUUCCAUCUCACUAUUAUCGGGACUUACAUUUGAAAUUGCAAAGUCUGAAGCAGGGGUCCAUGACUGUGGAAGACUACCACAAGGAGAUGGAGAUAGCCUUGAUUCGGGCUAACAUUGAGGAGGACCGAGAGGCGACCAUGGCUCGGUUCAUUUGUGGCCUGAACCGUGAGAUUGCCAAUAUUGUUGAGCUGCAUCACUACGUGGAGCUUGACGAUGUGAAGCGGGGAUCAUCAAAACCAACUGAGAAAGAAGUUUCAAAAUCAAAGGGAGAGACGAAUGUGGCCAAGACACAACCUUGCAAUAAAGAUAAGGGAUCAGGUCAUAUUGCUUCUCAAUGCCCAAACAAGCGAUCAAUGAUCAUAUUAGAUAAUGGGGAGAUCGAAACUGAAGAGGAAGAUGAAGGAAAUGAGUCCACUCCAUCAGUUGAAGAUACUAGUGAUGUUGAGCUUGCUGUUGAUGGCCAAGCUCUUGUUGUGCUAAGAGCUCUCCAUAUGCAAGCCAAAGAAGACGAUGACGGGCUGCAAAGGGAGAACAUCUUCUACACCCGCUGCCAUGUGAAAGAUCGGGUAUGCGGUUUGAUUAUUGAUGGUGGCAGCUGUGUUAAUGUGGCAAGCAAGUUAAUGGUGAACAAGCUUGGUCUACCUACCUUGAAGCAUCCAAAGCCAUAUAAACUCCAAUGGCUCAAUGACAGUGGAGAAAUGAAGGUAACCAAGCAGGUCCUUAUUUCAUUUACUAUUGGAAGGUACACGGAUGAGGUUCUAUGUGAUGUUGUACCCAUGCAAGCUAGCCAUUUGCUUCUUGGAAGACCGUGGCAAUUUGAUAGACGGACCACACAUGAUGGGUAUAAGAACCGCUACAGCUUCAGCAAGGAUGGUAGGAACAUUACACUUGCACCUUUAACACAUCGUCAAGAUUUUAAGGAUGUCUUUUCUGAGGAUACGCCACCUAGGUUACCACCUAAAAGAGGAAUCGAGCAUCAGAUUGAUCUCAUUCCGGAAGCUUCCAUUCCAAACCGACCAGCUUAUCGAAGUAGUCCAGAAGAGACCAAAGAGUUUCAAAGCCAAGUCGAAGAACUUAUAACCAAAGGACAUGUUCGUGAAAGCAUGAGUCCCUGUGUUGUGCCUGUGCUGCUGGUUCCAAAGAAAGACGAGACUUGGAGGAUGUGCGUGGAUUGUCGAGCUGUAAACAAGAUAACGGUAAAGUAUCGUCACCCUAUUCCUCACUUAGAUGACAUGCUUGAUGAAUUACAUGGAUCCACUAUAUUUUCUAAGAUUGAUUUGAAGAGUGGGUAUAAUCAAAUUCGAAUUAAGGAAGGAGAUGAGUGGAAAAUAGUUUUUAAGACAAAACAAGGGCUAUAUGAAUGGUUAGUGAUGCCAUUUGGAUUGACGAAUGCUCCUAGCACAUUUAUGCGUCUCAUGAACCAUGUGCUACGUGCAUUUAUUGGAAAAUUUGUUGUUGCUUAUUUUGAUGACAUUCUGAUCUAUAGCAAGAGUUUGCAUGACCAUAUUGAUAAUUUGAAAUGUGUUCUUGAAGCUUUGAGGCGUGAAAAAUUAUUUGCUAACCUUAAGAAAUGCAACUUUUGCGUAGAUAGGGUUGUUUUCCUUGGAUUUGUUGUUAGUUCAAGAGGCGUGGAAGUUGAUGAGGAGAAGGUGAAAGCUAUCAGGGAAUGGCCUACCCCUAGCACCAUCACUGAAGUAAGGAGUUUUCAUGGUUUAGCCGGGUUCUAUAGGAGAUUUUUCUAA